CCCGCCGGAAGUAAGAACCACUUCCGGGGGCUCGCCGGGACGCCACCGGAAGUGCCCCGGCGGCGCCGUUACCGGGGCGACGCUGCUCCGUGGCGUUCCCUUCCGGGUCGCCGCUUCGUCGCUAUGGAGACGUCGGAGCGCCGCGGCGUGACGUCAGCGCCCCUGACGGCGGCGGCGGUGGCGGGGCCGGGGGGAGGCGGCGGCGGCGGCGGGCCAGCCCGGUACAGCCCGGCGACCCGGGAGCUGCUGAGAGCGAUGAUGGAGGAAUCGAAGCUGACGCCUUUCCAGAGGCGAUACCUGAUGGAGAGCGUGAAACGAGGAGACACCCUGCCCCUCCAGUGUCACCCCACAUCCAGCAAAGAGCCAGCGCCUGCAGCGCCUGCUUUCUUCCCGCCAGUUUGUCAGCCGCGCAGGCUUUUGGCGAAACCGCAUCUCCGACCUGCCGAGGUUUGCCAGGCAGGAGAUGCCUACACCCGAGAGAAAUUCAAGCCACGGGCGAGGCGAGAUUUGGAAAAGGAGAAGCAAAGGCUCCAAAACAUCUUAGCGACAGGGAAGGAUGUGGUGGAGCACAAGGUGAAGCAGACCCUGGGUCGGACAAAGGAAGAGGAGAUACCUGAGCCUGACCGGUUUGAAGAAUUGGUGAAUGAAAUUCAGGAGAGGAGGGAAUUCCUGGCAGAGAUGGAAGCUCUAGGACAGGGCAAGAAGUAUCAAAGGAUUGUCCUCACUGAAAUCUCACAGAAAAUGUGUGAGAUGGAGAUCAUUGACAAGAAGAGAAGUGAGGAAAUGAAAGAGAUCAUGACAAAAGACUUCUCUGGUGGGAACAAAUCAGAUCCCCACGACUAGGCCGAGGGAAAAACACAAGUGCAAUUUGUUCCCACCUCUUCUUCCCAGACUCUUGGCAUCGGAGUCUAAAGGGCUCUGUCUGUGCCUGUGCCUGAAAAGGGGGCAGCACCACCUGUUGCCUAAAGCCAGGCAGCAGGAGGAAUUGGUACGUAACUGGUGACAGAAGAAAGCUGUUGUAAAAUCCUACCCACGCACUGGAUCCCUUCUUGCUUAAUGAUAUUAAAAACACAAAACCACA